GGAGUAUUUCAGCGGCAGUUCUCAAAUCACUUAAUGUGUCGACAUUUCUGAUUGGUUCUCUCACGUCCGGGUUUUAGAGCGCACCCCCACCGUUGCCUGGGUAUUGCGUGUCGUUUGGGAGAAUAUAAAAAGGGUGACGACUAUUUAAAUUGUCCACUAGAAUUAAAACCAGCAGCAACAGGAUUAGGAUCUCUCCACAGAAAGAACAAUGAACAAACUACAGAUGUCUGGAUUUGCUCUAUUGCUGUCAGUACUGUUAGCUGCCGUCACACAAGCUCAUUACCUGCCAUACUUCAACAGCAGAGCAAAGCGGCAGACAGCUGAUGUCCAGGCGGCAGAGUAUCUGGCGUGGAUUGCCCUGGGUGGCAGAAUCCCACACCGAGGCUGUCCCAACAUCGCCUGUGGCGUCGUCGAUGUUGUCACUAGCGGAAAACGAAAGCGAAACGGACUUAUUCCGGAGAAUCCCGAGAAUCUGACUGAUGCCCAGCGCGCGGUAUUAGUGAGACAAAUCUUACAGAAAGCCCAGGAGGAGGUGGACAAGACAAAGGAGUAUAGCGAGAGAGAGCAGACGUACAACCUGGGUCUUGGUGCGUGAUCGAGAUGACCUUGAGAUUAGUGACGAUAUGAUUAUGAAAUGACAUCAUUACAAACAGAACAAUUUUCCUAACAUUUCCACGCUGGUGUGCCUACAUUGUAUUUUUCAUCUGUGUGAAAUUGUCCAUCAAAGACACUGUCACAAUAAUCAAUAUGUGUACAAA